CAAGUUAUAUUCAGCCCAGGCUGCAUGAGCUCUGCCUCUCCUCCUUACUCUUACCUGCUCAACUACUCUGAUACCUCUUGCGUGCACAUCUCUCACAGAAAUGAAUCACCUGGGCAUCACUGUGGUCCUGGUACUACUGGUGGGGGUAUGGGCCCAGAUCAAUGUGCUACGACCUCUGUGCGACUCCCCUGAAGCAGAGGAGGCUGCUCUGGUGGCUCAGGAUUAUCUCAAUGCCCAGCACACUCAUGGCUACAAGUACGCUCUGAAUAAGAUCGAUGACAUCAAAAUCUAUCCUGAGCUGGAUGGAGACACAUAUGUCCUAGAAGUUGACCUGCUAGAGACAGACUGUCACGUGUUGGACCCCACACCACUUGCCAACUGCACAGUCAGACCCAAAAUUUUGACGGCAGUAGAAGGAGACUGUGAUGUUGUGCUGAAGAAGGUUGGUGGAGUUCUGACUGUCACAGCAUUCAAGUGCAAAACAGAGGAAUCAACGGAGGACAUGUGCGUGGGCUGUCAGACCCUACUUCCCCUAAAUGACACCACAGGACUGGCCUUUGUCCAUGCCUCUCUGGCAACCUUCAACAACAAAGCUGCGAACGUAACAUACACUGUUCUGGAGGUUGGAAGGAUGUCAUCACAGAUUGUGUCUGGUGGGCCAAUCUAUUUCGCAGAAUAUAUUGUAGUUGAGGCUAAUUGCACUGAUGAUGCCUGUGUGCCGUUGAAUGAUGUCAUGGCUGUACGUGGUAUUUGUUCUGCCAGUGGUUUGAACGCUGAUCACACAGUGGACUGCAAGAUGUUUUCCACUCUGAUGCCUGUUGUAGAUGCCAACAGCACUGCAGCUGCUUCCUUGCCACCAGUGGUCCACGUACAUGCAGGCAGCCUGUCACGCAAGCACGGUCUGAGACACCACAAACUGACUGCUCUUCAUAACCCUCAGCUCAGCGGCCAUCUGUCUGCAGAAUCAGCAGAGUCAGAUGAAGUUGUACCUGUAGUUCCUGCAGUUGUUGAUACUACUGCAGCUGCUGUGGCUCCUGCUGAUCCUACACCAGCUGCUGAUCCUGUGCCAGUUGCUGAUCCUGCUCUAGUUGCUGAGGCAUCAGCCUCAGCAAGUGUUGAGGUCCCUGUUGUUGUGGUGAAGAGAGAUGUACCCUCUAAAGUGGUUGGCACCUCUGUGCCUCAAACAGGCCCCAUUUCCAGUGUGCCAAGGUGCCCAGGAAGGGUCAGAUUCUUCUAAGUGUUCAAGUCUCACAAACUUCCUGUGUUAUAUUAUCUCAACAACACUGGUACUAAAAUAAUUACCAACUAAUUCCUACAUGAACAUGUCCUGUGAUCAGUAGACGUAACAUCAAUACACUUCCUACAAACCAGGAAUAAUCCAUCAUUUGAAAUUGUCAAAUCACACAAGAGCAUUAUGCACUGCAAAACAAGUCUUCUCUCUGUAAAAUGGAUGAUUUGCAUUUGAUGUUGCUGAAUAAAUAUCUCAAGUCAA